UAAAUGAUCCGACCCGAUGGGAACAACCACUCUUACAUUCCCGACGGGUCAACCAAUGAGGACCCAUUUGUGUUCCUCCUCCUAUGCCCUUCUCUUCAACACUGCGCCAUUAUUAACUGCUCCCCUCAGUAGACUUGCAAUGGCAAGAAGCCACUCGUCGAAGGAUUCACAGCCUAAAGUUGACAAAAUGCAACAGCUAGUUCAUUCUGACCCUUCUGGUGGUUGGGAGAAAUGCUGGGAGAAGGGGUUGACACCCUGGGAUUUAGGGCAGCCUACCCCAAUACUUGUUGAUCUUCAUCAGAGAGGUGCCCUUCCCAAAGGCAGGGCUUUGGUCCCUGGUUGUGGCAGUGGUCAUGACGUGGUGGCAAUUGCAUGUCCUGAACGCUUUGUUGUUGGCUUGGAUGUAUCAGAAAAUGCUAUUAAGCAAGCUACAAAACUGUUUUCAUCAUCAAAAAGGGCGGAGUAUUUUGCUUUUCUAGAGGCAGAUUUCUUCACCUGGCGUCCCACUCAUUUGUUUGAUCUUAUCUUUGACUACACUUUCUUUUGUGCCAUUGAACCAGAGAUGAGAGCACAAUGGGCCAGUAGAAUUCGAGAUCUUCUAAAACCAGACGGGGAGCUUAUUACACUGAUUUUUCCGAUAAGCGACCAUGAAGGCGGGCCUCCAUAUAAAGUAUCAGUUUCCGAUUAUGAAGAAGUCUUGCACCCCCUGGGGAUCAGGGCAGAGUCCAUCGUGGAGAAUAACUUGGCUAUUCCACCUCGGAGAGGAAGAGAGAAGCUGGGAAGGUGGAAAAGGUCCAUAUGCAAAUCCUUCCUUUGAAUAUCAUUUCAACCUUGUUGGUUUUCAUUCUCAGGUUGUGCCAUCUGUUCUGUGGUUCCUCCCAAUGUAUAUUGUUAACAAACACACAAAGCAUUAUAUUUACACAGGAAAUUAAUAGUGGGAGUUGGUUCUGAUAAAUUGGCAAGUGAGACCUAUUAAAGUCCUCUUGUCCAUUAAUAAACCAAUCUCACGUACCUUGUGUUUGGUUAUGCAAGGCAUGUAUUAAAAUUUCUCAUGGGUACUCAAUUUGGGUCCAUCUAAUGGUAUACUUAGCUGUUUGGGCCAAAGAGGAAGAUAUAGUGUUUUUUAAAAGCUUUAAAAGAUGCUAUUAAUAAUACAGUAUCGUGUAACUAUGUCCAUACCA